AUGUGGUCAAAAUCUUUUAUAAAUGAAUAUAAAACAUUUUAUUGUCAAUAUACUAUUGAAUUGCUUCAUUUACUUGGUUUCGUAUUUGAUAAUAAUUAUUCAACAAAUGAAAAUCUUCGAAAUAUGAUGAUAGAAUUAGCUAAACGAAAUGAUAAAUGUUUUUAUCAAUUGGCAUUAGCAACAUCGUUAGAAGAAGCUCAUCAAAAACGAGAAAAUUUAGGUGAUUUUAGUGAUAUCACUAAUAUUGAUGGUAAUGGAUUGAUUUCUAAAGGUUUGGCAAGAAAAAUAGAUGAACAACUUGAUUAUCUUGUUAAAUGCGAGCAGAAUGAAUUAUAUCCAUCUGUUUAUCAAAUACGUAUGGCAGGAUUUCCAACUCGACUUAACAAUCAAAUUAUUAUGCUAUUGUCAGAUCUUGGCGUACCCAACUCAGUAUUGCUUGAUCUACAAGAUAAAUGGUCCAACAAUAAAAAACAACCACCACGUUGUAAAAUAGAUAUGCUUAAAAAUAAAAUACCUUUACCUAUGAAUCAGUGUCGAUACAUGUUUGGUUAUACAUUAGAAUCAAAACUUGAACCAGGACAAUGUUUUAUUCGAUAUCAAAUUGUUGAUGAUAAUGGAAAACCACUUAAAAAUCCAGAAUUUAAAACAGUUGUUGGAUCAGUAAUUAUUACAAAAAAUCCGUGUCCUUAUGCUGGUGAUAUUAUGACAUUGAAUGCUGUUGAUUUAUCUGAACUUGAUUGUCUUAAAGAUGUAAUUGUCUUUUCAACUGAGGGCAAUCAACCAGAUUGUAAUAAAAUUGCUGGAUCUGAUCUUGAUGGUGAUCAAUAUUUUGCUUAUUGGGACCAAGAAUUACGAAUUUCUGAAACAACUGAACCUCUUGAAUAUAAAGCACAAUCACCUAGUGAUCAUCCGACACCUAUUACUGCUAAUGGUGUUGUAAAUUAUUGUUUAUCUUUAUUGGGUGCUAUAAGUCAUGGUGAAAUUUAUAAUUUACAUGCUAUUGUUGUUGAUCAAAAUAAAGAAAAACAUCCAAAACGUACAUGUCAGAAAUUAGCUAUUGAAAUGGCAGAAAUGUUCUCUGCUGCUAUCAAUUCUGGUAAAACAGGAUAUCAAAUAGAUGCAAAUCGUAUAAGAGAAAUUAGAAAAAUUGUUGGUCAUAAAUAUCCAGAUUUUCUAAUGAAAACUUCUUUAUAUCAAUCUGAACCAAUUUUGGAUAUACUUUAUCGUAAAACACUUAAUUUCAAAACUCAGAAUCCACAAUUAUUUGAAGGUCAAGAUAUAAAUGACUCAAUAAAUACUUCUGCUAAAAAAGAUGCAAAUACAACACAAUCGAUAGCAUCAUCAAAUAAUACAUCAUUUGAAGAUAUAAAAGCAGUUUGUUCCCAAAUGGAUAAUAAUCUUCAUAUUACAAAUAAUGAAAUACAAGAAAAUGUUAAUAUGAAUUCUGAUACAAAUGAAAAAGCAAAAGCACCCACAGAUAACUAA